AUGGCAGGCGCAAAUCGUAAAAAUACUGUGGUUCCCGGUGCUGAAUCUGAAUCAUUUUCAUUAUUUUGGCUUGAUACAGAAGUCAAUACAGCAGAUCAUAAUCAAAAAACUCAAACAUUACUUCGUGCUAUGGUGAAUAAUCUGCAAACAUUUGAUAAUCUUUCUCAAUGUCAAGAAAAAAUUGAAUCAUUUGAUGAAAAAGAUCGACUUAUUCUUAUUGUUAGUGGUAAAUUAGGUCGAGAAAUAGUUCCUCAAGUUCAUAAUCUUCGAAAGCUUUCAUCCAUCUAUGUUUAUUGUAUGAACAAAGAAUCAAAUAGAGAAUGGUCUCAAGAUUUUUCAAAAGUGAAAGACGUCAUUGUUGAACAAAAAGUUCUACUUACUCGAAUCAAAUCAGAUAAAAAAAAACGAGUAGAGAAAAAAGAAUCAAUAUCAUAUAAUAUUUAUUCUAUUACUGACCGAACUGAUCCAUCAACAAUUGGACUUCAAAAUCAAUUUAUUCAUUCACUUGUAAUAACCAAUAUGCUUCUUCAAUUAACUCCAAUUCCAAAUGAAAAACAAAAACUUCUCGCUAUUUGUAAAAAGGAUUAUACCGGCGAUACUAAUCAAUCACAAGCUAUUCGUGAAUUUAAUGAUGAAUAUACAACAUCAGAUCAAGUUUUAUCGUGGUAUACUCGUGACUCAUUUCUAUAUAGAAUGUUAAAUAAAGCUUUAUGUCAACAAGAUUUAAACCAAUUAAUCUUAUUUCGUAUGAUAAUUAGUGAUAUGCAUUAUCAAUUAAAACAAAAUACAUGUGAAUUAUCAGUUCCUGUUUAUUAUGGUCAAGUUAUGAAUUUCGGUGAAGUAAAAGAUCUUCAAAAUCAAGCAAAUAACUUUAUGUCUAUGAAAUCAUUUCUUUGGGCUGAUGCCAAUAAAAAUAAAGUAUUAAGAAAUUUACAUCAAAGAAUGAUUUAUCCAGGUGAUUGUCAUGUUUUAUUUACUAUCAAUGUCGAUUCCAAUUCAAAACGAUUUGCUGAUAUUAGUAAAAGCAAUAGUUUUAUUGAUCAAGGAGAAAUCUUAUUUAUGAUUGGAACAAUAUUUCGUAUAGUUAAUGUUACUGCAGUUGGUAAAGAUGAUUUAAAGGUGGAAAUGAAACUUUGUAAUGGUGAUGAACAUGAACUUCGACCUGUGUUUGAAUAUAUGAAGAAUGAAAAUGAAGAUAAUAAAAUUGAUCUUUAUACUUUUGGUAAUAAACUACGUCAAUUGGGUAAAUAUGCUCUUGCUGAAAAAGUAUAUUUACUUUCAGUCAAUGAACUUCCAUCGAAUGAUCCUUUACGAUCUGAUAUAUAUUGUGCAUUAGGUGCAGUCAAUAAAGAAAUAGGAGAUCAUGAUGCUAGUUUGAAAUGGUUUAAACAAUCAUUAGAAAGUAAAAAGAAAACAAAUCCAUCUGAUUUAAUUAGUAUUGGUAGUUUACAUAAUUGUAUUGGUGAAUCUUAUUGGUCUAUUGGAAAUGAUGAAGAAGCAUUGAAGUGUUUUAAGAAAGCUGUCGAACAAUUUCAAAAAGCACAUGCUGAAGAUCAUUCACAUAUGGCUGAUUUCUAUAGUAAUAUUGGUUCAUAUUAUAGACGUAAGAAAAAAUAUGAAACUGCAUUAGAAUUCUACCAAAAAGCAUUGGAUAUCGAUCGUAGGCAGUCAUGUGAUGAUCGUCUAACUGUAGCCAAAUCUCAUAAUGAAAUUGGUAUUGUUUACAGUGUUUUAAAAGAUUAUGAUCGUGCUAUAGAACAUUUUCAAUUAUCAAUUACAAUUAAAUUACGAAUUCUUUCUCCUGAACAUCUGUCACUUGGUAAUAGUUAUACAAAUAUAGGAUUAGCUUAUGCUCAGAAACGUGAUUUCAAACAGGCAUUAAAGUAUUAUCAACAAGCAUCGACUAUUUUCCAUCGUGCAUUACCAGCUGGACAUAAAGAUCUGAAAGACAUUAAUCUUGCCAUUCAACAAAUUUUAAAACAAUUAUAA